GGCAUAAAGCUCAAACCCUGGACCAAAAGCAAGCAGUGAACGAGAGGGACAGGCAUCAGCAAAGCAGUUCAGCAUCACGUCAAGCUCACCCUUCCUAUCCUCGUCCACCUUUUGCUCUCAAAAGGAGAACUUGAAAACCCCGGCUGCUCCCUCAAGCCAUCUCGUCGAUCUCUCACUACCUCGGCGGCUCGACGUCUUCUGAACAAACGCGGAAACAGGAAGCAAAGGCAGAAAAGAAAGCAAUGGGUAACUGCUUCACCAGGACGUACGAGAUACCCAUCACCUCGGAGCCGGUGCAGCGGCCGCCGCCGCGGGGGUACGGCUACCAGCCGCCCCCCGAGCACAAGGAGCGGGAGAUUCCGGUGUCCUCGCGCCCGUCCUCCUCCCCGAGCCAGGCGCCGCCGUCCCGGCGACCGCCGCUGCCGACCUUCCCCACUAGGACGGGGACGGGGUCGCUGCCCCGGAGGCCCGUGGGGGAGAUUGGCCCGGUGCUGCAGCGUCCCAUGGUGGGUGUGCGGUCGCUGUUCCACCUGGAGCGGAAGCUGGGGAGCGGGCAGUUCGGGACGACGUACCUGUGCACGGAGCGCGCCACGGGGCUCAAGUACGCGUGCAAGUCCGUGUCCAAGCGCAAGCUGGUGCGCCGCGCCGACGUGGAGGACAUGCGCCGGGAGAUCACCAUCCUGCAGCACCUCAGCGGGCAGCCCAACGUCGCGGAGUUCAAGGGCGCGUACGAGGACGCCGAGAACGUGCACCUCGUCAUGGAGUACUGCUCCGGCGGGGAGCUCUUCGACCGCAUCACGGCCAAGGGGAGCUACUCGGAGCGCCAGGCCGCGGCCGUAUGCCGCGACGUACUCACCGUCGUGCACGUCUGCCACUUCAUGGGGGUCAUGCACCGCGACCUCAAGCCGGAGAACUUCCUGCUCGCCAGCGCCGCCGAGGACGCGCCGCUAAAGGCCAUCGACUUCGGUCUCUCCGUCUUCAUCGAAGAAGAUAAAGUUUACAAGGACAUUGUGGGAAGUGCAUACUAUGUGGCGCCAGAGGUAUUGCGUCGGAAUUAUGGGAAAGAAAUUGAUGUGUGGAGCGCUGGAGUGAUCUUGUAUAUUCUUCUAUGCGGGUCACCACCCUUCUGGGCAGAAACAGAGAAGGGCAUAUUCGAUGCUAUACUGGUCGGUCAACUUGAUCUCAGUAGCACCCCGUGGCCCUCCAUAUCUGAAAGUGCAAAGGAUCUCAUCAGAAAAAUGUUAAAUAGAGAUCCCCAGAAGCGUAUUACUGCAGUCCAGGCACUAGAGCAUCCAUGGCUCAAAGAAGGUGGUGCACCAGACAGACCUAUCGAUAGCGCAGUACUAUCAAGAAUGAAGCAAUUCAAGGCAAUGAACAAGCUAAAGCAACUAGCACUCAAGGUAAUAGCGGAGAACCUAUCACCAGAGGAAAUCAAGGGCUUGAAGCAGAUGUUCAAUAACAUGGAUACCGACAAGAGUGGCACGAUCACAGUUGAAGAACUGAAGGAAGGAUUGACAAAACUAGGAUCCAAGAUUAGUGAAGCGGAGGUUCAGAAGCUCAUGGAAGCAGUUGACGUGGACAAGAGUGGCAGCAUUGAUUACUCGGAGUUCCUUACUGCCAUGAUGAAUAAACAUAAAAUGGAAAAGGAGGAGGAUUUGCUCCGAGCAUUUCAAUACUUUGACAAAGAUAAUAGCGGGUACAUAACAAGAGACGAACUUGAACAAGCCAUGGCAGAGUAUGGAAUGGGUGAUGAAGCAAGCAUUAAAGAAGUACUGGAUGAAGUUGAUAAAGAUAAGGUGAGAAUAUUAUUCCCAAUAACGAGUUCCAUUUGCAUAAAUUUAACUAUUGCCCUCACUGAAUUUACAGGAUGGGAGAAUCGAUUAUGAAGAAUUUGUGGAAAUGAUGAGGAAAGGAAGCUAUACCUGAAGCAACUCUCUGAUCUCAUGAUGGUCGGGGUUGUAUAUAUGUAUGUUUCAGCAAAUACUGCAAGUUUAACUCAGAACAAGUUGCUUUGGCAGUUAUAGCCUGAGACUAGUAUGUACAUUUGUUGAUAACCAAAUAUGCAACAAAAGAGGAAAUGUUUCGCUUGAAA